AUGCUUCUGUGUGACAUAGCAGUACUUCUACAUGGCUUCUUGCAUAGUAAGGAGCACUCUGUUAAUCUGGUUUUUCUCUAUGCCUCCCACUUCUGUCAGUUUGAGUCCGUCCCUGCUGCCCUGGCUGCCUUCUAUCUGUGGUGCUUUUGCUGCUCCCACAGCAGGUGGGAUUAUAGGAGAGUAAUUAUUUUGAUGGACUUGGAAGUUGUGAAAUCUGCUGAAGAAGUUGGAUUAAAGAUUGGGAAUCCAGUGCCCUAUAAUGAAGGACAUGGGCAGCAGCAGCAGCAGCAGCAGCAGCAAGCAGUUCCUUCCCCAGCCUCCGCAGCGACACCACCAGCCAGCAAGCCCCAGCCACAGAAUGGGAGCUUGGGAAUGGGCUCCGCUGCAGCUAAGGCUUAUGGUGCCUCAAAGCCGUUUGGAAAACCUGCCGGAACUGGCCUGCUGCAGCCUUCAGGUGGGACACAGUCCAAGGUAGUGCCCAUCGACAGCCUCACCCCCUACCAAUCCAAGUGGACUAUUUGUGCCCGUGUCACCAACAAAAGUCAGAUCCGGACCUGGAGCAAUUCCCGGGGGGAAGGAAAACUUUUCUCUAUAGAACUUGUUGAUGAAAGCGGUGAAAUCAGAGCUACCGCUUUCAAUGAGCAGGUGGACAAGUUCUUUCCCCUUAUUGAAGUGAACAAGGUGUAUUACUUUUCAAAGGGCACUCUGAAGAUCGCUAACAAACAAUUCUCAGCUGUUAAAAAUGACUAUGAGAUGACCUUCAAUAAUGAGACUUCUGUCCUUCCCUGUGAAGAUGGCCAUCACUUACCCACAGUUCAGUUUGAUUUCACAGGGAUUGGUGACCUAGAAAGCAAGUCUAAAGACUCACUAGUAGACAUAAUUGGAAUCUGCAAGAGCUAUGAAGAUUCAACUAAAAUCACAGUGAAGUCUAACAACAGAGAAGUUUCUAAGAGAAAUAUCUAUUUGAUGGACAUGUCAGGGAAAGUGGUGACUACAACUCUGUGGGGAGAAGAUGCUGACAAGUUUGACGGUUCUAGGCAGCCUGUGAUGGCCAUCAAAGGAGCCCGAGUUUCUGACUUUGGUGGACGGAGCCUCUCUGUCCUAUCAUCUAGCACUGUCAUUAUGAAUCCUGACAUCCCAGAGGCCUAUAAGCUUCGUGGAUGGUUUGACUCAGAAGGACAAGCCUUAGAUGGGGUUUCCAUCUCUGACCUCAGGAGUGGAGGGACCGGAGGGAGCAACACCAACUGGAAAACUUUGUAUGAAGCUAAAUCAGAGAACCUGGGCCAGGGCGACAAGGCGGACUAUUUUAGCACUGUGGCAACGGUGGUGUUCCUCCGCAAAGAGAACUGUAUGUACCAGGCCUGCCCAACCCAGGACUGCAAUAAGAAAGUGAUCGACCAGCAGAAUGGGUUGUAUCGCUGUGAGAAGUGUGACCGGGAAUUUCCCAAUUUCAAAUACCGAAUGAUCUUAUCGGCAAAUAUUGCAGAUUUUCAGGAGAACCAGUGGGUGACGUGUUUCCAGGAGUCCGCGGAGGCCAUCCUUGGACAGAACACUGUGUACCUCGGGGAACUCAAAGAGAAGAACGAGCAGGCGUUUGAAGAGGUUUUCCAGAAUGCCAACUUUCGAUCAUUUACGUUCAGAAUCCGGGUCAAGCUGGAGACCUACAAUGAUGAAUCUCGAAUUAAGGCCACUGUGAUAGACGUGAAGCCCGUGGACUACAGAGACUACAGCAGAAGGCUGAUCAUGAACAUCAAGAAGAACAUUUGAUGUGAGCAAGUACCACUGGUGGCCAGAAUUGGAUGGAGAGCAAAGAACAGAAACAGAAAGGCUUCCUUCCCACCCCCACGGGACAACUCCACAGUGAAGGUCCUCUAGGGGAGACUGGCAGCCUAAGACAGUGUGCUCAGAGGGCAGCGUAGCAGCAGUCCCUCCUGUCUUCCGGCUUUGUCGGAUUUAAUGAAAUUUUGUUAUCUUCAAACAGAAAUUAUGUCACAAGUCAUUGACCCUACUCUGGAUAAUGAGACAAAUUACGUAACCUGGAGUUUGCUUCUCCAGUGGUGGCACCUUUUUGUCUUGGGUUGCUCCUGGGGGAAGUAAGAGUGGGGGAGAACCCAGGUGUUUAGAGGAUGUAUCUGCCUGGAAUCAAAGGCUCGAUUUUGCAGUGGUAUCACAUGGUUGUUAAUGCUUGGAAUGGCAAAAAGGUAGAAUUAUUAAUCAAAGGCCUAUCGUUAAUAUCUGAAUAUCCUUCCUUCAGGGUUUAAUAGGUUUAAUAGACUGAGUCAGAUGAAUCUGAUAUUAAUCAAAAUUGUCUCUUCUGAGGACAGCUGAUAAGCAUUGACUUACUGUCCCCUUGGGGAAAAGCAAACCCCAAAUUGCAUAAUUUACCUCAUUCUCCACAGAGUAGGGUCAGUUACUUAUGACAUAAUUCCUGUUUGAAGAUAACAAAAUCUUAGUAAUCUGACAAAGCCUGAAGACAGGCAGCACUGGGGCAUCCAGGCCACUACAGAGCACUGCUUGAGUUUCCAUCAGUUAACGAUACACUUAGUUGCCAGACGGACCUGUACCUUUAUUAAAGCUAUGUUGAAUAGAAUUUUUUUCCCUUUGUUUCCCUUGCUUUGUUUGAAUAAACAGUAUAUCUUUGUGGAUCCUA